UAGUUCUGUCGAACGACGGCAUGUAAAACAGUACUAGUGGGAAUAUAAUUUGUUAAGUUUAAAACAUAUUUUCGAAUAUUUAUAUGAUAUAUUUGGAUAAACAUGAUUUACCAACGAUUCACGGAAAUAUUUUCAAAAUAUUGAUGCGAGACGGUGCAAAUAUAGUACAUAAUAUACGAUAUACGCCUAUUAUUUCCGUCAUAUAAAAAUUGCAAUGUAGUUCAAUAACUGGUUUACCAUUAACAAGGAAACUGAGUUCGAACAGUUUUGGCUCAACGACUUUUCACACGGUGUUGGACCUUUAGAAAUUAUUCGUUGUUUUACAUUCAAAUCAAGUAAAUAAAUUCUGAUGUUUCAUACAAGAAGACCACAGAAGACAGAGACGCAGUAUGGUAAAAAUGAACCCAGAGUGGCGGCGAUCUUGCUUUUGGGAUUUUGUGUUUUACCAGGCCCUUCGAUUCAAUCGACUACUAUUUCGCCAGCUUCGCACGUGUGUCCGCUACCAGACGGGUCGAUGAGGUGUUGCACUGAUUACUAUCAGACACCAGACGGUUGUCAAGAAUGCGUUGGUUCAUUUGGUUUGAACUGUUCUAUGCCAUGUCCCCCAAACUAUUUUGGACCAAGCUGUGCUUCUAUGUGUCAGUGUGGGAAAGAUGAGUGUGAUGCCAAACUUGGAUGCCCUAAGGAUAUAAAUUCAACAAUGAAAUCCUUCAAGACAUCAGACUCGUCACAAGCAGUUUUCCCAAACAGCACACCUGAAAGUUUGUUCCAAAAGCUGUCUCUAACAAAUUGGGUGCUUAUUUUUACUUCUGCAUUUGUUGUGGUUUCCGUAGCCAUAGGAUGCGUCAUCUUUGUCAGAAACAAAGCAAAGAAAGAACAGAGACGUAACCAAAAUGAUUUUAGCUCGGAAAUGGAAUUUAGGGAUGACUUCGAUAAUGCAACAAAAAUCCCGAAUUCAGGAUAUAUCUAAAGGAAGUGAUCAUUAAACGGAUUAAAAACAGAAAUAGCAUUCCUGUGCCGUCAUUAUUUUUUUAUAUUUACCAAUACAUGCAUAAACACCGAUGUCUGUAGCCAUGUCGUUUGUAUUUUAAACUUCAACGCACGUGCUUGAACAGAUCUUUCUGAGGAAAAAUAGUGUUUCUGUUACAGCGAUAGCAUAAUUAAUCAGAUUAUGAUGUAAGCCUUCCGUCUUACGGAUCCAAUUGAGGGUCAGCUCAAACUUAGUGAUGACAAGUCCAGUAUUUCUUUCUCAAGCGGUUUUAUUAAGCGUGAUCGUAUAGUUACAAUUACAUCAGCUAAUAGCAGCCCAAAUCAAGAGUCUGCUCAAUCUCAUUUCAAUAAGCGGAAUCUAUCUAAAUCUCAAUCUCUCUUAAUCUGUUCAACAUCAUUUUACAUGGGUAUAUAUAACAUUUUACUUAUGAUGGACAGUUCUGACUAGUUCGGCCCAUUUACGACGAUCAUGAGUGAACAUUUAGUGUUCAAAAUUAAGAUUAAUAUUUUAUUUCUAAAUAAAGUAACAAAACCGUCAAAACUGCCAAUCAAAGAGUCUGGAUGCAGGAUUUGAGUCUCCGAAUCCUGGGUCUCGGAGUCCCCCACCUAGUAUGAGGCAUCAUUUACUCAUAAUACGUUCAUUCAUACAUAGCAUAAAAGGUUACAAAAGGUUAAUAUAUAGAAUACACAAUACAUGAGUCAAUAUAGAGUACUUCAGCUAUUGUUGCAGACACAGAAUCGCCAAAUAUGACACUUGUUUUUAAACUAUCAAUUUGGAUAUUAUUAUGCCCGUAUUAUUCGCCUGGUUUUAUAACAUCAUUUAGGAAUACUACGCAGUGCUACAAGAUUCACAGAGUUCAUUCUAUUAAUUAUCAUUAGCACCAUUCAGUGCGCAGUAUCUAGGUACACAUAAAUAUCAUAGUGACCAUUAUGUAAUACUAGCAAUUCAAGGUCAUAGCAUGGCUAUCUGUUUACAAUGACGUUAUGUCAUAUAUUGGAGAAACUAAGAAAAAAACACCACGUGAUCGUUACCUCACUAAAGCAAGCUGUGUAAGAAUGCCAAUUGUGAUGAAUUACAUGCAAGUAGGAGUAAGGACCACAAUUUUACCACGCAACAGUGCCUACAUGUACUUAAAAUCAGGCGUGAUCGUUUGGUUCGUAGGAUCACAUUUUGUUGAUACAUGUACAUAUAAAUAGGAAAAUGAAAUUUCGUACACCUUUGAACUAUCCAGUCUGUAUUAAAGCGGGAUCCACAUCUCUAUGUCAUGCUUAGGUGAUUUUGUUAUAACAUUGAAAGUAUGCUCAGUUUUUACACUUCUAUGGAUAAAAAAAUUCCAUUUACUUUUGUAAAAGCAGUUUGGAAAAUAAAUGCAUUUUUCGAUUACAGUGACGUUUUCAUUGCUUGUCAAUUUGCUUGUCACAAUUUCUUAAACAUUAAAUUGAACAAGCAAUGCGCAAAUGAAUUUAUAAGAACAAUUUAGAAGGAGGUACCUUUUGUUAUACAAAUGUAAGUCCCCUGAAAGGGGCAUGGUCACGAUUUUGGUCAAAAAUAUU